GUGAAUAAAUGAAGGGGGGAAAGCCGGCCUGAAAAAUGAAGCGGAGUGUCAAAGACGUUCAAAGAGAGGGUCACAAAAGUCGUGUUUGUUUUGAAUUUCUCGUGGCAGAACAUCAAAAGCCCACACCAGUACCUCCUCUGCCUCUCUGUUCCUUUUCUUCCACAUCUUCUUCAUCAUUCCAUUUCUUCAUUUCGAUUUUACUCCCCCAAUUCAUUGAUAAUCCGACAGAUCCACAUCUCUGCAACCCCCCGCCGCCGCCGUCCAUGGCGGAAGAAGACGAUAAACAGGCCAAGAAGAAGAAGAACAAGAAGCAGAAGCACCAGCACCCCAAUGACCAAUCCGCCAAAUCUUCCUCAGAUUUCGCUUUCAAGCCCUGUUCCGAAGUAAAGGGUCUCCGAUUCGGCGGCCAGUUCAUCGUCAAGUCCUUCACCGUCCGCCGCGCCCGCCCGCCGGAGCUCCUCCGCCUCCUCGAUCUCCCGCCUGCUCCGCCCAGCGCCAAGCCGGCCUUCCGCUCCACCACCGCCUUCAUGCCGACCAAUUUCACGAUCUUGGCUCACAAGGCGUGGCACACCAUAACCCUAGGCCUGGGGACGAAGAAGACCAAAGUGGUGAUCUUCGUGUUCGACUCCGAGAGCAUGAAGUCCGCCGUGGACCGCCGCUGGCCGCCGGAAAUUGCGCUCGGGGAGGUGAACAAGAAGCUAAUCCGAGGGCUGAGGGACUGCGAAUUGGCGCGAUUCAAGUUCAGGAAGGGCUGCAUCACCUUCUACAUCUACGCCGUGAGGAAUGUCGGGAAUUUGGGGUUUUCCUCGGCGGAGGAUCUGAGAAUGGUUCUUGAAUCGACGGUGGAGCUCAAGGAUUUCUUGGAUCACACGGAGAUGUUGGCGAUGCCGAGCCAGAAAAGCAUCAAGCACGCCGCUCCGCCGCCGCCGCCGGUGGCCAUGGCUCAUUAGCCCAUUUAUGUUUUGUUUUUUUAAAUACUCUGUAUAAUUUUCCAAAUAAUUUUCUCCUUGUAGUGAUUUUUUUUGGUCUAGACCUAUAUUUUGGUUACAUACUAUUUUAAGGAUUUGUGUACCAAAAAAUACUACUCCUCUCGCCCAUAAGAGUAAAUUUUUAAUUUCAUGUAGUUAAAAAUGUUAAAAAUUAGAAAGUGUGACGACAUUUGUUUGAAGGGAAAGAAAUAUUUUAAAACAAUUAAAAUAAUUGUAUUGUA